UUGACUAAUUCAUCAUAUAACUUGUGAUUUUAUUUCAUGAUCACUGUCACACACUUUUUUCGUUAAAAAAUAAAAUAAAAUAAAAAAAUCGCACGAAUCAAUCGUCUCUCUCUCUCUCUCUCUCUCUUUCUCUUAAAUUUCUUUUUAUAUAACUCAGAGACUCAAUGAAACGAUUUACAUCGUCUGUAGAUGCAACUAAACAUUUGCCAGUCAUUUUACAGGUCAGCGAUGCGCCUGUUUACUUUAUUGGACCGGCCACGCGUGAUAAUCCAAUGGCACAUAUUCGUACCAAACUCAUGGGGACCGUCGUAUUUCAGGAUCGUAAGAUCAAAUGGAACAGAGUGACCUUGCAAUUCUUAGGAAAAGCAGGCAUUGAUAUUGAAGCACCGGGUUCCAUCUUCCCACGAGACAACAGCUCACUUAUGGAUGAAUCCACUACACGCAUUCAGACCACUGUCCCCAUAUGUGAAGUCGAGAAGGAAUUAAUCUUUUCCGGUGAGCAAUCAAUUGAGUUUGGACUUCAUUUACCCUCACAUUUACCUGCUUCAUGUCGCACCAAGCAUGCCUUUGUCGAAUACACACUGGUUGCCAAUUUCUCUGCUGGAUCCUUCUUCAAAAAAUAUAGAACGCAUCAAAUUGUCGUGGUCAAUCGACAUUAUUUGCCUAGUCCCAGUGCCAUGAUCCCCACCAUUGAACAUUCGGGUGUGAAGGAGUGGUUCGAGUGGUCCGCAGAACUUCCCAAGGCAACCGCUAUUGAAUCAGGUGAGGUGGUGAUUGCCUUUCGCUGUAGUGUGGAGAAGGAACGAGUAGAAGUGGAUCGCAUUGAAUUUACUAUUGAAGAAAUAGAGACCUACAGGUUUUGUACUAAACAAGGUGUUCACAGCUUACCACCCAUCGUCACACGAUUCCCACCUGCUACGUACCAUUUUCCUUCCUUUUCCAACGGGUCAGAAACCCACUUUAUUCGAUUUCCAAUGCCACUCUCAAAAAACCCUGCCACACUCUCCAUUCACACGCAUCAGUUUGACCCGUUCCUAGAGAUUUCACAUGCAUGUAAACUCUCUGUUCAUUUCAAUAAAGUCGCGGGUUUAGUGUUGGAGCCCAUCCCCUUGUCGUUCCCCAUCAUCAUUACAGAUUACCCUGCCGCCACCGUGUCCGAUGCGAUGGUAACCCCUUCGUCCGUGAUUGCUACAGAGUCAAGGGCAGACGUGGUGCCUAGUUUGGCUGUGACGGGAGAUGAUGCUGUACCUGUGGACUUGGACUUACCAGAGUAUACUCCCCGAUAUGAAGAGUCAGUUAUUAUUUAAAAAAGAGAGAGAGAAAGAGAAAGAGAAACAGAGAUCGCUUUACUCAUUGUACAUAGACAUUUAUAAUUAUAAUAAUAAUAAUAAAACUAAUUGG